AUCAAUUUCAUGCGCCGCCGCUACACACACGACACCGGCUUCGCGCCGAUUCUUCUAUCGAUUGAAAAUGUCAACUGUUCAAGAAGUUGAUGAAUAAACGCGAUUAGUUGCUUCAUUAUAGUAUUGUAUGUAUUAUAUUUAGUGUAAUAUUAGGUUAGCGCUGUUGUAGUUUUAGUUUUGUGAUCCACGUGGGCACAUUGAUGACAUUUCGUGUGUACUGUAACGUUAGUUAUUGACAGUUGCUUUCAAAACACAGCCUUUUCAGUUUUUGUAGGAUCUCCAUCAAGCCCAGACCAGGAUGAAGUGUCACUAUGAGGUGUUGGGCGUUAAAAGAGACGCAUCGGACGACGACCUGAAAAAGGCUUAUAGGAAAUUAGCCUUGAAAUGGCAUCCAGACAAGAACUUGGAUAACGCCGAGGAGGCUGCAGAGGAGUUUAAACUUAUUCAGGCUGCGUAUGAUGUUCUGAGUGAUCCACAGGAGAGAGCCUGGUAUGAUAACCACCGAGAGGCGCUGCUGAAAGGGGGUGUCAGCGGAGAGUACCAGGAUGACAGCAUUGAUCUCUUGCAGUUCUUCACUGUCACCUGCUACUCAGGUUACGGAGAUGACGAAAAGGGCUUUUACACUGUAUACAGGAAUGUGUUUGAGACUAUCGUAAAGGAGGAGAUGGAGCACAGUAAAGAUGAGGAAGAGGAGGAGGAGGACGUGUUUCCCUCAUUUGGAGACUCUCAGAGUGACUAUGACACUGUGGUGCAUUUAUUCUAUGGCUACUGGCAGAGCUUCUGUACACGCAAAAACUUUGCAUGGAAAGAGGAGUACGACACGCGACAGGCCUCCAACCGCUGGGAGAAGAGAGCCAUGGAGAAAGAGAACAAGAAAACCAGGGACAAGGCCAGGAAAGAGCACAGCGAGCUGGUGCGCCAACUAGUGGCCUUCGUCCGAAAACGCGACAAGCGCGUUCAGGCUCAUAAGAAGCUGGUGGAAGAGCAGAAUGCAGAGAAGACCAAAAAAGUUGAAGAACUGAGGAGAAAACAGAAGCUCCACCGAGCAAAGCUGGCGGAAGACUAUAAAGAACAGAGUUGGGCCGCCAUGUCAGAGCUGGAGAAAGAACUUCAGCAGAUGGAAGCACAGUACGGUCAAGAGUUCGGUGACGCAUCAGAAAGUGAAGAGGACGAGGAGGAGGUGGAAAACAGGCAGGAGACGGCAAAUGUAGACAGGGGAGAUGUGGUGCAGGCAGAUGGUGCCGCGGAAAUGAACGACUAUUAUGAUGACCUGUACUGUCCUGCCUGUGACAAAUCUUUCAAAUCCGAUAAAGCUAUGAAAAACCAUGAGAAGUCUAAGAAACACAGAGAGAUGGUGGCAUUGCUACGGCAACAGCUGGAGGAGGAAGACAAGUCACUGAGUCACAGCUCUGCCGAGAGAGAGGAAGAGGAUGAUGAUGAACUCGAUGACACACCGAGACAAAAAUUAUCUAAAAGGCAGAAGAAAAAGAAACGGCAGCAGAAAAACGUAAAUAAUCUUCCAGAUGAUCCGGAGAUUGACAGCACAGUCCCACAGUCCACAGAAGAGCGUCCCGCACCUCCGCCUGACUCGGGCAACAACGAGGACGCCCCUGUCCCCUCUGAGGACCCAGAUGAGAAACUAAAACCAGAGGAACGUGAACCCACAAACCAAAAAAGCUCUGCCAAGACAAAAGAGAAGAAAGGUGGAAAAGACUCUAAGAAGAACAGUAAACCACACGGAGGUGUGGAAGUUUCACAAGAGAAGGAAGUCAACCUGCGCUGUGUGACCUGUCAGUAUGAAUUUGCCACCAGGAACAAACUUUUCGAUCACCUGAAGACCACGGGCCACGCCACCGCCCUCUCCUCCGGUAACACUGCCCAAACGUGCAAGAAAAAGAAGGACGCCAGGAAGAACAGAUAACGAGAGGCACAUUUGAAACACAUUUGCACACUGAUGUACAUUUGUCCAAGAAAACAAAACCUCUGCUGUUUUUUACAGCUUGAUAUGCAGUUGUGCAUCAGGAAGCGUGUGUAUUUCUGUCCCUAGAAGAAUGAAUUUGUGCCCCAUGGGCUGACAUUUCUUUUGUAACACUCCAUAUGCCAAAAGUUUUCCCUAGAACUGCCAUUUAUUCCCACCAUCAUUGAUGUGUAAUCUGGUGCCUCAGAGCUCUUCUGUAGGCAAAUGAGACUUGGAUAUUUUGGAGUUGGCCGUGCAUGUUUUGUUUCGUUUUUAGGAGAUUAAAAAUAAUGAUCUUGCUACUAAAGAUGGCACAUUUUAUGUCAGGUUUAGUUGCGUUUUCAUAGUCACCA